AUGAAGGCAUUCGUACUCUUGCUGGCAGCCCUUUUUGGGCUCUGCAGUGGCUUCACUGUACCCCACUCGAUUGUCCACCCACGGGAUCUAAAGGUCGCACAUCACAGCAUCGAGGGCAGGAUUACGAAUGGCAAUGAGGCGACUGAGGGUCAGGUUCCCUAUAUCGUGGGAGUCAGCCUGAAUAGCAAUGGAAAUUGGUGGUGGUGCGGUGGAUCCAUAAUCGGAAACACUUGGGUUCUCACUGCCGCCCACUGUACCGCUGGUGCCGAUGAAGCUUCACUGUACUAUGGUGCCAUCAACUACAAUGAACCCGCCUUCCGGCACACAGUUAGUAGUGACAACUUCAUCAGAUAUCCCCACUAUGUUGGAAACGAUCACGAUUUGGCUUUGAUCAGAACACCCCAUGUGGAUUUCAACAGUCUGGUCAACAAGAUCGAGCUGCCAAGUCUGGAUGAUCGCUAUAGUUCCUUCGAAAACAACUGGGCUCAGGCCGCCGGAUGGGGAGCCAUUUACGAUGGCAGCAAUGUGGUGGAGGACCUGCGAGUGGUGGAUGUCAGGGUAAUCUCCGUUUCGGAAUGCCAGGCAUACUAUGGAACUUACACAGCCACCGAUAAUGUAAUCUGCGUGGAUACUCCCGAUGGAAAGUCCACCUGCCAGGGUGAUUCCGGUGGUCCGCUGGUCACCAAGGAAGGUGACAAAUUAAUAGGAGUUACUUCAUUCGGUUCCAUUUAUGGCUGCCAAUCCGGAGCUCCCGCUGGUUUCACUCGAGUGACCAAUUACCUUGAAUGGAUCAAGGAGGAGACUGGCAUUUACUAUUAAUUGAUGUCUAAAAAAGCAUUUGUCAUUGAAUAAAAUUGCAUUAUGAAAUCAAAAAA